AUGGCGCGCGGGGGGAGGACGCGGCCGCGGGGUCCCGCGGCCGCGGCGCUGCUCCUCGCGCUCCUCGCGGCGUCGUCGCUCGCCGUCGUCGCGGCGCCGGCGCCGACGCCGCCGCGACGCGCGGGCGGGGGAUGGACGCCGUUCGCGGGCGCGGGGACCGCGAAGAAGCUGAUCGACGACGACGACGCGUCGGUCGACGACGACGACGCGCGCGUCGCGACGCCACCGAAGGCGACGACGACGAUGACGGCGCGCGACGAGGUGGGCACAGGUAGAUUAGGAAACAGCGACGGCGAGAUCGCGGAGGCGUUCCGCGCGCGCGACGGCGGCGCGACGAGGGAGGAGACGCGGACGCGGACGCGGACGCGGACGCGGACGCGCGACGACGACGACGACGACCGUCCGUUCUGCGCGCGUUGCGACGGGUGCGUCGUGAACUGGACCGCGGCGUCGCUCGCGGCGGAGAGCGACGUCGACUGCCGCGGGCACGCGCCGUGCGGGUCGUGCGACCUCGACCUCGCGCGCAUCAACCAGAAGGUCAGCCUGGCGAGCUCCGCGAACGCGGCCGUGCCGAGGGACGAGGGCGCGUCCGCGGCGUCGGUGUUGCGCGCGGCGAACUAUUCAACCGACGCCGACGCGAAGCCGUUCGUGAAGUUCGUCUGCAUCCCCGGUCUCCCGAGGCACGGCACGGAGUGCGCGCGCGGCGAGCCGUGGGAACCGGAGGACCGCCUGGUGAACAACACGCUGUCGCUGCAGCGUCUGUCCGACUUUUGCGGGCUGGAGUCGGUCUCGACGCGGUCGUGGGUUGCGCGCGUGCGAGGCGUCGCGCCGGCGGGGAUGCCGUUGGACCCGCGGAGCGCGCACCCGGACCCGGUGCCGAUCGAUCAGCGGGGGAUCUUCAGCUCGCCCGCGCCCGGGGUGGCGCUGAGCGCGCUGUGCGACCUCGAGGAGGGAGGCGGAGGCGGAGGCGGAGGCGCCGCGGCGGAGAUGCUGCGCGAGAUUCCGAGCCACGCGGUCGCGGAGGCGGCGCUGUUCGACUUUGUGUUUUGCGCGGGCGACCGGCACACGCAGAACGUCUACGUCGACGCGUUCGGGCGGCUGACGCUCAUCGACAACGACGGCUUGCUCGGGCAGCAGGUGUGGGACCCGAGCCUCGGUCGUCCCGUCGUGGACGGGCGGCUGUGCGCGGUGUCGUCGCUGUUCCUCCCGGGGACGUUGGAGUCGUGGCGGCUGCGGCGGUCGACGCGCUGCGGCGGCGCGUUGUCGACGUUGGAUUACCGCUGCCACGUCGGCGCGUCCGGCGAGACGCGACUGAAGCCGAAGCUGAGGCGGUGCCUCGCGCACUUCGCGGCGAGCUCUCCCGACGCGUUGGUCGCCGAGUUUGGGCUCGCGGAGAUGGACUUCGCCAGGACGCUCGCGACGCGCGCGAGGGAUCUUCUCGAGGUUGGCUUGCCCGCCGCGCUGCACCGCGCGAUGAAAAAAGAGCGAGAGAUUUCCGUCUCGCACGCGGAGGCGCUGCCGACGAACUUGACGUGGGACGAGCUCGAGGCGCUCGGGGACGAGAGCGCGAAGAAGGAGAUGAUGGCGUGGAGGGAGAGCACGUGGAGACCGACGGAAGCGCCGGUGUGCCGGGGGUUGACGCCGAAGUGGGACGACGCGCCGUUCGAUUACCGAGUGGACGACGCCCAGAGUUUAGACUAG